AUGGACCUUUUGGAAGAGAAGCCUAGACCCGAGGGCUGGUGGACCGACCUGCACCAGCAGUAUGUCGACGCCAUGGCAGAGGCAGACAAGGGCGAGGGCUACAAGGUCAUCUUCUAUGGCGAAGGGAUUACAGAGGGGUGGCAGGGCACCUUCCAAGGGAAGCCGGUCGAUCGUGCAAAGGAUGUCACAGUCACGUUCAACGCCACGUUUGCGACCCCAUAUGGCGCGGCGGCGUUUGGCAUCGCCGGGGACGGCGUGGACUCCUUGGCCUGGCGCCUCUUCCAUGGGGAGCUACCCACGCGCAACCCCCCCAAAGUCAUAGUGCUCAACAUCGGGAGCAACGACCUGGAGCGCGCCCGCCGCAGCUCCCCCUCCCCACACCAGGUGGAGGAGUCCAUCUGGAAGGCUGUGCCGCACGUCACAAUGAGGAUCCUGAGCACCAUCCGCCGCAUCCGGGACCUGCUCCCCGACACAGUGGUCGUACUGCAGGCCGUACUGCCACGCGGCGUGGACGGCCCCGACCCCUUCCGCCUGCCCAACCUCUUCACUUGGCCGCUGUAUGUGGUGAACGAGCACCUCAGCCACUUUGCCAGCGAGGAUGACAAUGUGCAAUUCGUGGACUGCGAGGACCAUGUGCUAACCAAUGAGGGGAGCCUGGACCCGGCUGCGCUGCCAGACGGCGUGCACCCCUCGGCGCCGGCCUACCAGCACAUCUCCCGCUGCCUCGACAUCCUGAUCGGGGUGCUGGUGGAGGACCCACUUGCUGGGCGUGCAUGA